AUGUACCUACGAGCGCUCGUUACGAUCCUUGCGACUGUGGCAGUGAGCCUGGCCGUUGCGGUGGAAACGGCACAGGAUGCCGCUCAACAUCUUCGCGCCAUGCUGGUGGACGAUACGACGCAUUAUGUUGCAGCUAUGGGCGGCAUAGCCGCUAACAAUAUCUCUGCUAUUAUGGCCACGGAGUAUUUUGCGCCCUGUUUUCAAGACGCGCAUAAUGGUGACUUGUUGUUUCUUGCGUUGACUGUCUCGGAGCAGUGGCGUCUUGCUCUAUCGCCGAAUCGUACGACCACCGUAUCUGUACAUAACAGCCCUGAUAUGUCCGUGGUGGAUGUACGUCACGCACGUCAGUCUGCCGCAGGACGUCAGGUAUGGCAAGCCGAACGGCCUAUGUGGCGCCGCGGUAUGGCGUCCAAAGGGCGUGCGACAAUGUAUGGCACGAUGCAUGCGCUCGCUCCCGACACAAAGGGCCUGGACGAUCUUGCCCAAUGCUUUACUGCACACCACCCUGAUGCGGACGCAUGGACACCGCAUGCGCAUGGCAAUCCCCACAGUGCCGUAUGGGUACGUUUCGAGCCGACACGCAUUUACUAUGUGGGCGGCUUUGGUGAUGAACAUUAUAUCGGCGAUAUUGAUGUGGAUACGUACCGUGCCGCCAAGCUAGGGCUGCAUAACGAUGCUGAUACUGCAAACGCGCUCUACAUCCAGUCGUCUAUUUACGAUAGUGUCUGA